UUAUCCUUGCUUUCAGACAUGGAGGAAAGAAACGCUCGCUCCCUCCAAUAAAAUUAAAAGUAAACAGAGCGACAAAGGCCAUUUGGUGGGUGACCGUGCCCACAACCGUCCCGCGAGUCGCGCCUGGCCGUGUGAUCCUCGUGCACGGAUUUCGAUAUGUGCCAGUCAUGUUCAUUGUGGCAGUGACAAGGAGGUUCACUGCCUCGUAGAAUCGACUGUGUGCGCGGCAUGGAUACACACGAGACGACGGAUGAUGCAGCGAGGGUCGCCUCCGUCAGCUGAUCGAAACCUCUGCACGUGGGCACUGCCCCUGCACACACACUGGGUGGCGGUGCCAAGAUGGCAGGCCUUCAGACAGCCUACCGGGCACUGCCAUCGGAUGACACCGAGCCAGAAGGGGCGCACGAAAGCCACUAUCUCAUCCACACGGCAGACAGCAGCCCCACACGAUGGAACCACGUGGAGGACUUGGACUCUUUUUUUACAAGGGUCUACCAGUACCAUCAAAACCACGGCUUCACCUGUAUGAUGCUUCACGAGAUCAUAGAGCUAUUGGAGUUCAUUUUUGCCGUGGUGUUCUCUGCGUUCCUCUUCAAUUGUGUGAACUACCCUGUGCUCUUCCGGAACGAGCCACCGCCCCACAAUGGCACGAAAGUCGCCAUCAGCGACGUGGUCAUCCCGUCCGGGGAGUGUGUUGCUAGGUUUGGGUUCUUCACGUGGCUGUGCCUGGUGGUGGCAACCGUGUACUGGCUGUUCAGGGCUGUCCGCGUUGUCUGUCACCUCAUCCAGUUCAUCGAGAUACGUGCCUUCUAUGUGCACGCCCUGCACAUAUCGGCCAGUGACCUCGACAACAUGACUUGGCACGAGGUGCAGCGCAGAGUACUGGAAGUACAAAAGGACCAGCAGAUGUGCAUCCACAAGCAGGAACUGACAGAACUCGACAUCUACAACCGCAUUCUUCGCUACAAGAACUACAUGGUGGCCCUGGUAAACAAGGAUGUGCUGCCGCUUCACUAUACGCUGCCGCUGCUAGGCCCCGUGGUCUAUCUCACCCAGGGCCUCAAGUACAACCUUGAGCUCGUCCUCUUCUGGUUUCCGGGCGCCCCCUUUGAGAACACGUGGCACCUUCGGGAAGAGUACAAGAGGCCUGCCAACCGAGACAUGCUGGCACAGCAGCUGUCCAGGCGCAUUCUGUGGGUGGGCCUGGUGAACCUGGUGCUGCUUCCACUGGUGCUUGCCUGGCAGGUGAUGUACUUCUUCUACAGCUACACCGAUCUCAUCAAGCGAGAGCCAGGGGUGCUGGGCCUGCGCACCUGGUCUCCCUAUGGGCGCCUCUUCCUGCGGCACUUCAACGAGCUCGACCACGAACUUAACACCAGGUUGUGUCGAGGCUACCGACCUGCCUGUCAGUACAUGAGCAUCUUCUCCUCACACAUUAUGAUCAUCCUUGCAAAGAGCGUGACGUUCUUUGCGGGGGCACCGCUGGCGGUGCUACUGGUACUGACAAUCGUCGAUGAGGAUGUGCUGUCUAUGGAGCACAUGCUUAUGAUUGUCACGGUGCUUGGCAUCAUAGUGGCUGUUGCCCGAAGCUUGAUUCCCGACGAGAACCUGGUGUGGCGGCCCGAGCAUCUCAUGACCAGCAUCCUUGCCCAGAUCCACUACAUGCCCGACCACUGGAAAGGACUGUGCCACACGACCGUCGUGCGGGACGAGUUUGCCCACCUCUUCCAGUACAAGGCUGUUCGCAUUCUGGAAGAAUUGCUCAGCCCCGUGCUGACCCCUCUGGUGCUUAUCUUUGCCCUGCGGCCCCGGGCGCUGGAAAUUGUGGACUUCCUGCGCAACUUCACCGUGGAGGUGGUGGGCGUCGGGGAUGUCUGCUCUUUCGCUCUCAUGGACGUCCGAAAACAUGGCAGUCCUCAGUGGAGGGCCGAUGACGGCGGUGACGACGAUGAGCACGGUGGGGCAGGAGCCGCUUCGAUUGUUGAGCCACAGCCAGAGCAGCAGCGGGCACAGCAUGGAAAAACUGAGCUUUCUCUCAUGCACUUCACGCUGACCAACCCCCACUGGGUGCCACCUGAGGGAUCCACUGCGUUCAUCAACAACCUCAAGGAACGCGUGUGCACUGAAGCAACACGGCUACCAACUGUUCACCGAGAGGACACCGUGCUUUACCACUCACUCAACUCCCUCUCAGGCAUCAACAAUGAAUACUCGGAGAUGGUGUCGAGUGUGUUGCGGAACAACGUCUAUAUCGGCGGCAGUCUGGUGGGCUCGCGUAUGGUGCACAGUGAUCAGGGCUCCGUGACUGCAGCAGCGCAGGGGGUGAUGGCGGGUGAGCGCAUCCGCGGUGGCAUCUCUCGCACCGAGGGACCCUUGGCAACGCCGAGUCAUGCCAGCCUUCUUAACAGCAUCUGUAUCAGCAAUGACCCCUACAGUUCGUCAGCUGUGGGUGCAGAGGUGUCGCUGGAGUCCACGGCAGCCAACAUGAGCUUCAGCACCCUGUUCAUGCACGAGCUGCACCAGCGGCAUCUGCGGGGUACCACGGGGCGCUCUCUCGGGGCAACACCACCACCUGGCUCUGUCAUAGAUCCGGAGUCGCACUCGCGCCUGCUGUGGCAGGGGCUUCCCAACAUUCUCGAGUCUCCUCAGGAAGGCAGCGGCGAGGACGGCGCAUCAGCCUCGGUCACGAGGCAGCAGACGGCCGGUCAGCAAGCCCAUGCUCUGCAUCUGCCCAAGCCAUGAUGGCAAGAGAAAAGGCCCUUUGUCCAUGGAGAAGACAGUGCGGAUCUAGUCUGAAGCGCAUGCCUCCCCCACAUCUGUUGCAGACUGCCGAUUUGGCAGCCACUGUGCCCUCCAUCUCAGCAGCUUCCUACACGAAGCACGACAGAUAAACGGAUUUGACGACUCAUCCCUGGGACGUGAAUUGCCGUUGAAGUUGAGGAGCAUGCAAGAUACCACACUGAUGUGCAUGACUACUGCUUCCCUGGCCACCUUUUUUUUUUUUCUCCUGCUCGGUUCCGAUGCAUCAUUGGCUUUCAAAAUGUGGUGCAUCCUGCUGGAUCGUGCUGAAGAAACUGAUACGGUGCUACACGCUACUCAAAGAUGAACUGUGUGUCUGUGUGUGUGUGUGCAUAUUUGCCUCGUUUUCUGUGCACUGAGAGUCACCAUGCUGUUGCAGACUGCAUCGUUGCCAAGCAGCGUGCAAAUGCUCCUUUAUAGAUAUUUUUUUUUUUGCCUCUUGCUCGGUGGAUGUGAGCUUGUAGAGAAAGAAAAUCAUCCCAACUGGGUGUCUUCUGUGUGCUGUCAUAGGCGCAGUACAAACGCAGUGCUUUGGUCUCUGUGGCUGCAGUGUCAGACCUGUGCUUGUGAACCUUCUCUCUCUUUCAUGCCAGAACAGUGACUGUGAGCAGAUCAUAGGAAAUUUUAAAAGGCAAAUUAGUUUUACUCCUUUUAUUAUGGCUUCAUCUGCAGGCCAAACAGACUGCUCGUUAGCCUUUUAGUUCACAAAUGCAAGACCUCAUAUUGUACAGUGCUCACUGCGAACUCGUUUUCUUUUGAAAAGGAACAAGCAUCGCUCUUCAUGCGCACAACACACCUGGAACAGCCCUCAUUCAUGUGUGCUAGUGUUUUUGCAGCCUUUACAAACUGCUCGCAAGUGGACAGUGUGUGCCGUAACAUUUCUUGCAACAAGAUGGAUUUCACCAAGAUCCGACGGAAGGCCUUUUGUUGCGGAUGCGUGCAAAUUGUGGCCUCGACCUUCCUUUUUCUUUCCCAUGUAAAUUCUCUGAAGGGCAGCGUCAUUUCGUGUGUGUGAGGCCAGUUUUCACAGCAGAAGAAAGAAGGGCUGUUAGUCAUUUCGGUGGUGUUAAGCCAGCUGCCAGUGUACUUUGUGUGGUCUUGUGACCGAAGCAGAUUUUAAUGUAAAGAAGGCCUUGCUCUUUGAUUACAUCGGCAAGUGCUGUAUCCUCUUGUACAGCGAUAGCUUAUUUAUAAGAGCUAUUUCAAAGAAUAAAGAAUGAUUCUUGCGUUGCCUACA